AUGUAUUUUAAUGUGUUAGUUAUUAUUUUGAUUUAUUUAGAUCGUUCACUUUUCUUUCUUUGGUACGUUAAAUUUUCUUUCUUUCUUUCUUUCUUUUUUUUUUCUUUCUUUCUUUCUUUCUUUCUUUUCUUCUUUCUUUCUUUCUUUCUUUCUUUUCUUCUUUCUUUCUUUCUUUCUUUUCUUCUUUCUUUCUUUCUUUCUUUCUUUUCUUCUUUCAUUCUUUCUUUCUUUUCUUCUUUCUUUCUUUCUUUCUUUUCUUCUUUCAUUCUUUCUUUAUUUGUUGCUUUCUUUCGUUAUUGCUUUCUUUCGUUCUUUCUUACUUUUUUUAAUUCGUUCAAUUUAGUUUGUUUCUUUCUUUCACUCAGACAAUUUUUAUUAAUUUAUCUUCCAGCAUCUCGCUUCUUAAUUUGUAUCGGUUUAUUUGAACUCUAUCAAACUUCAAUUUUUCCUUCCUUCCUUCCUUCCUUCCUUCCUUCCUUCCUUCCUUCCUUCCUUUCCAGGCCCACGACGAAUAUUUUUCAGGGUCUUCAAACCAAAAUCAAUAAAAGCGCAAACGCCAUCAUAAUUGCAGCGUUCAUCGCCAUCAGUUUCCACGGUUUUUUUAACUGUUUCACUGUUUUCUACAUAUUCGACACCCACCAUCACACGUACAGCGCCCCACCACCAAAAUCACCACCCCCGCCACUGUUUUCUACAUAUUCAACACGCACCGUCACGUAUUUGACACCCAUCUUCUUAGGUAUGGCUCCACCACCAAAAUCACCACCACCGUCUUCCAGUUAUUCGGCACCAACUGUCACAUAUACAGCCUCCACCACGAAAGCCAACACCACCCCCGUUUGCUACGUAUUCGUCUCCCACCGCAAAACUUAUUAA